CCCUGUUCCAACUAGAUAACAAUUUUUCAAUUCAUUCAAGGUUAUUAAAAUCAUGACAAUUGCUUUACGAGCGCUUUCCUCUUUAGUCGUCCCUUUUGUUGGUACUGCAAUUUGCCGGUUUCAAACUACUGCAAUAAAAAUGGUUGAUAACAAUCCAGAUUACAAGAGUGCUACAUCUAUUCACGAAUUCACCGUGAAAAAUAUCAAAGGCGAAGAUGUGAAGUUGGAUGUUUACAAGGGGCAUGUAUGUGUAAUUGUAAAUGUUGCAUCCCAAUGUGGCCUUACCGCAAAUAAUUACAAGCAACUCAACGAGCUCUACGAACAAUACGGCGAGAGCAAAGGUCUUCGUAUCCUGGCAUUCCCUUGCAACCAAUUUGCUGGACAAGAACCAGGAGGCUCUGAUGAAAUUUGCAGUUUUGCAGAGAAACGCAAUGUGAAGUUUGAUUUGUUUGAAAAAAUUGAUGUCAAUGGCGAUACAGCGAGUCCACUUUGGAAAUUUUUAAAGCACAAGCAAGGUGGUACUUUGGGCAAUUUCGUCAAAUGGAACUUCACUAAAUUCAUCGUUGACAAGGAUGGCGUACCGGUAGAACGCCAUGGCCCACAAACUGACCCCAUAGAUUUGGUGAAAUCUCUUGAGAAGUACUGGUGAAUGGAAGAGAAACUGGAUAGUUGUGUUAUUUUUAGGAUUAUGCUGUUACUUAAUAAUGCUUUUAAAAUGUGGAUAGUGUAGUUGUUGUUUUUAUUGAAAUAUUAUAUGUAUUUAUUAGAGGUAUGCCAGAUGUUCGUGAUCA